GAAUGCAAGAGUUUGGCAUAACAGUGAGAGGAACAUACAGUCAAUUGACUGACGAAGAGUUAGACAAUCUUGUGGUUGCAAUCAAAACAACAUCACCACACUCAGGCUACAGAAUGAUGAGAGGACACUUGAAAGCUCUUGGUCAUCGAGUCCAGUGGAGCAGAGUCUGCGACUCUAUGAAUAGAGUUGAUUCAGCUGGAAUCCUUGCUAGAAUGUCACAACUUGGACAUGUUGUGAGAAGAUCAUAUUCAGUUCAGGCCCCUCUGUCCCUCAUGCAUUUGGACACCAACCACAAGCUGAUCAGAUAUGGCUUAGUAAUAUUUGGGGGCAUAGAUGGCUACUCAAGAAAGGUCAUGUAUCUGGGGGCUGCAACCAACAACAAAGCAGAGACUGCUCUAGGUUUCUUCCUCGAGGCAGUAGAAAAGCAUGGAGUUCCUUCACGGGUAAGAGCAGACCAAGGUGUAGAAAAUGUGGACAUUGCAAGGUGGAUGUUCACUGUUCAGGGCUGUGGCAGGGGAAGUUUCAUUUCGGGGAAGAGCGUUCAUAAUCAAAGGGUAGAACGGCUGUGGAAAGAUGUGUGGAUGUCCGUUUCAAUCUUGUAUUAUGAUGUUCUACAUAAUUUGGAAGAGAGCGGCUCUCUUGACCCAUCAAACACCAUUCACCUCUUCUGUGCACAUUAUGUUUUUGUACCCCGCCUCCAAAGAGACCUAGAUACUUUCACUGAUGCAUGGAAUGACCAUUCCAUCCGAACAGAGCAAAAUCUUUCCCCCAAUCAGCUGUGGGAAAUAGGACUUGCACAGAAUCCAGUCAAUGGUUCAUGUGACAUGGAGGACCUCAACAUUUUGGUGCAAGAUGGCAUUUACCCACUGGAGGAGCAAAACACCGGAGUAGUGGUCCCUCAGGUGGAGUGUCUGCUCUCGGAGUAUGAAAUGGCUCGACUCAGGACAACCAUUAAUCCGGUCUCACAGUCUAGAGACUUUGGCAAAGAUAUUUACUUAUCAGUGUUAAAUUUUGUGCAGCAGCUUCUUGAAUAA